AACAUUUAUAGUGGCGCACACCGCCUGACAGGCAUGUCGGCAGUGAAGUCGGGACGCUUACUGUUUGAGUAGUCAACAUUACGCGUGAAUUAACUCAUUCAGUUAUUUUUGUAUUCAAGAAUAUAAUAUAUCAUACUAUGCUUUGAAGAAACGCGAGGUUUCUGUUGCAGUAUUUUGUUAUAAACGUUAAGUUUGAGCCAUGGCAUCUCUGUCCGAGGAGGUGCUGCUGGUGGUGAAGAAAGUUCGCCAGAGGAAGCAGGAUGGGACCCUUUAUCUGAUGGCUGAGCGGAUAGCCUGGGGUCCAGAGGGUAAAGACCGCUUCUCGGUCAGCCACUUGUACGCUGAUAUUCGCUGUCAGAAGAUCAGCCCGGAUGGUAAAGCAAAAAUUCAGCUGCAGCUGGUGCUUCACACGGGCGACAGUACCACAUUCCACUUUUCCAAUGACAGCACUGCUCUCAAAGACCGAGAAGCUGCCAAGGAGCUGCUGCAGCAGCUGCUGCCAAAGUUCAAGAAGAAAGCCAACAAGGAACUGGAGGAGAAAAACAGGAUGCUUCAAGAAGAUCCAGUGCUUUUCCAGUUGUAUAAAGAUCUGGUUGUGAGUCAGGUGAUUAGUGCAGAUGAGUUCUGGGCUAACCGGUUAGGAGACACAAACCACGCAGACCCGUCUCUAUCCAACAACAAACAAGAAGUCGGUAUAUCUGGAGCCUUUCUGGCAGAUAUCAGACCUCAGACCGAUGGUUGUAAUGGCUUGAGAUAUAAUCUGACUGCUGACAUUAUUGAAUCCAUCUUCAGAACAUACCCUACAGUGAAACAGAAGUAUUGUGAAAAUGUGCCACAUAACCUGACGGAGAAGGAGUUCUGGACCCGCUUCUUCCAGUCCCAUUACUUUCACAGAGACCGCAUCAACACAGGGACACAGGACAUCUUCUCAGAGUGUGCCAAGCAGGAUGAAAAGGGCCUAAAGUCUAUGGUGGUUCAAGGAGUGAAAAAUCCUUUGGUCGACCUCCUCUCGUUAGAAGAUAAAACAUUAGACGAGGGUUAUGGAGUUUGUACAACGGCCUCAACUUCCAACCCUAACCGGACGGUGAAGGACAGCAGCAAUUCUGCCAUCAUAAAGCGCUUCAACCAUCACAGUGCCAUGGUGCUGGCAGCGGGCUCACAGAAGGGGGAAAUACCAGCUAGUGAGACGAGCAGUACGGAUGGAAACUCGAGGGACUCUGACUUCUUCCAGCCUCCUGUAAAGAAGGUUAGAUUACAAGAAACCAUGGAAUAUGAAGAUCUGCAAGGAGAAAACCGGCCCAAAACCGUUGCAUUAAACCUGAAGAAGUCUGACAGGUAUGCUCAUGGUCCAGUGCCACUUCAGUCCCAGCAUUACACGACAAGCCAGGAAAUCAUCAACUCUGUCAACAACAUCCGGGACGAGAUGCUCAAUUACAAACCCAACCUCAGUCAGGUGUUGUCAAACACAACAGCUAGUUCUGCCAUUGCAGCACUUUCUUCAGGUGGCGUCCUCAUGAAGGCAGCAACACAGCAAGCCAUAAAUCAGAUGGUACCUUCUGAGGUUCAAGGAGAGUUGAAGCAUCUUUAUGCAGCUGCUGGAGAGUUGUUGAGACACUUCUGGACGUGUUUUCCUGUAAAUACGCCAUUCUUGGAGGAGAAGGUGCUGAAAAUGAAGUCAAACCUUGAGAGAUUCCAGAUGACCAAGCUUUGUCCCUUCCAGGAGAAGAUUCAGCGUCAGUACUUGAGUACAAAUCUCACGGGGCAUUUGGAGGAGAUGCUGCAGGCCGCCUACAGCAAGUUCCACGUCUGGCAAACCCGGCGCAUGUUGAGGAAAACCUGAGGUCGGCUGUCAUGUCGAAGAACGGAAGGGAUCACAGAAUAUGGACAUGUGACCUGAAGGGGUUUUCUAGGCGGCUGUGAAGAGACCACAGCCUGAUGUACGGUGGCCCUGAAGUGCAAAGCACGACCGGAAAUAGGACAGCACAACGAAAUUUAACUCCUUACAGAAAGGGGAGGGCCUUAUCGCAGAGGACGGACCCUUUUGAUUGGACUGUCUGUCUUUUAACAGGAAAUGAUAUUGAUGACAUCCAAUUCCUCUUUGUUCCUCACGGUAAUUUGAAUCCUCCAUGCCACUUUCCGUCGCCGGCGAAAGGCUUCGGAUUAAGAGGGUUAAAAGACAGACAGUCCGUCUGUCCAAUCAGAAGGGUCCGUCCUCUGCUUCCUGAUAUAAGGCCCUAACCUUUCCGUAAGAAGUUAAUGUCGUUGUGUUUUCCUAUUUGCCGUUGUGUUUUGCACUUCAGGGCCACCGUACUGAUCGGACAAGAUGCAGAACGUGGUCAAAGAGGCCAUAGAUGGACGCCAGCUACGUCCCAGCUGUUCAACCUGAGAUUAACUCAGUCACAAAUAUCUACAAUUAUUCUCUUGUUUGUGUUCUUUGAAGAAUGGUUGAGAGAUCGGAGCAAUUAUGGAACUUUUGAAACUGUGUAAUAUGACCAAAUGGAAACUCAAAGGAACUCAGUAAAACACUGGGGAGCGGAGAGAGCGCUCGGAUGCACGAGGAUCCCCUGAACCCCCCUGAGGGUCAAAAGGGUGAAGUUAAUAAAGCAAUACUGUAAAGCCA